AUGCUUUCAGGACUGUGGCUUCAGCAUGUCAGUACACCUGUAGAUCAUCUCGUCACCUCCUCAUUAAUAACUAAAUCAUGGAUCUGUGGUUCAUCUAUUGCAGGCAGCAGGUUGUAUCGUGGUUGGCUGAGGCGUACAACAAGAAGGUGCUCCUUGGAUCUCUGCCCUAAGAAAAGCCACAGCAUCUACAGGCUCCUCCUCACCAAGCACUAUAUUGGCAAAGAUGUUAUACUCUAUGCACUCCAGAGAGAAGAUCAACCUGUGGCUAGGGGAGUAGUUAUUUCAGUUAAUCCUAGCACCAUGCAUGCAGGACAGGCUCUUGGAAGGAAACACUGUGAAGUUGUUAUCAAGCUUGUGAUAAAAAGGGAUGCAAAGCUACCUUGCCCAUAUCCUGGUGUGCUAGAGAUGGCUGAUGCUAAGGACCUGUCAAUUGCAUGGCCAUAUAACAGGUAUAUUGCGAGACUGAAAGUGGCAGUGCUUAAUCCUGACCUCAUCCCUGACCUUGUGGAUGUUGUCAUUGGGGAUUUUGUUUAUGAGCUACAAUUCAGAGUUGAAAAAGAUAUAACUGAUGGUGAGUCCCAGGUCAUUGACAUGGACUCUACCAUGGAUGAGGACAAAGCCCCAGAAAAAAAGGAACCGGAGAAUAUGGAUCAUGAUGCUAACAAAACAACAGAUGAUCCAGCUGGUAAAGCACCUAGUAAACAGACCAAUUCUUCAGUUGCACCAAGUGGGCAGCACAAGUCCAAGGCUGUGACAGGAGCAUCCACUGAGAGCAUGGUCAUGGCAGCUAAGCUUGCAGGAGUCGCUGGCGUCCAGCAGGAUUUGGCGGCUACUGUAGGUGCAGUACUCCAGCAUUCAAACUUGGAAGUUAUAGAAUCUGCUUGA